AUGAGCGGUAUUGGACCUUACUUUACAGCUCAUCAACCUACAUNNNNUGAUAAUGGUGGUAGUAGUGGGCAUUUUUCUCAUUUGUUCUUUUCCUCCUCCUGCUUCCUCUUAUCGUGUAUGUUGAAAGUAUCACGUGGUAAUCUGAGUGGUGGUGGUUCAUCAUCUAUGGCUGAACAAUUAUUCCCUGGGUAUAAGGAUAAGAUAUGGGCUAUCAUACCUGAUGAAUAUAAACUUAUUAAGAUUAGGAAUGAUAAUAAUAUAUUCGAAAAAGGUAUUAAUAAACAUAAAGCCUUUCAAGAAAGGUAUGAAGGGCCUGAUGGUAGUGAUUAUCGUCCUAAUAAUACAGUUGAUAGGAUGAAGGAAUUAAUACCAUUUACUGAUAAGGAAUGGUCAUUAAGGCAAGGUCAACGUACUUGGGAUGGUCUUAAGUUUGUUAUCAUAUGUUGGGGAGUAUGGAUGGGAUGGAAGAUGACUCAGACUUAUCCUAUUGUAUGGUGUGAUGAACAACAACAAGAAGAAGAAGAAGUGGAAUUAGAUAUAUUUACAAGUGGUAUUAUUAUGGUAGCACAUACCUAUGCAGCAUACUAUCAAUUACGACAUCAGUUCAAGAAUAGGGCUAUACUUAAAAAAUACUCUAUAGCACAAGAAAAGGUAUCUUUACUUGAAGUAGAGAUACCUACUGGUAGAACACAUCAAAUAAGAUUACAUAUGUAUCAUAUUGGUCAUCCUAUUGUAUCUGAUUAUAGAUUAUUCCUACAUGCAUACUUAUUAGCAUUCUAUCCACCAUCAUCUCUAAUACACAACAACAAGAACAUGAUGAACUAUACUCCUAAUGUGGAGUAUAAUACCAUACCAAUGGAUGGGACAGCAGGAUUGAUGGAUGAACGAGUACUCCCGGUUGUGAGAUAA